UUCACCGAGACCUUGCGGCCCGUAAUGUUUUAGUUGGAGCGAGAGAGACGUGUAAAGUGACAGACUUUGGAAUGGCCAGAGAUGUCCAGGAGGAAAAUAUUUACGAAAAAAAGAGCAAGGGUCGUCUUCCAGUGAAGUGGACAGCUUAUGAGGCCUUGUUGUAUGGAAAAUAUACCACCAAAAGUGAUGUAUGGAGUUAUGGAGUUGUCCUUUAUGAGAUCUUCACCAUAGGGGGUUCACCUUAUCCAAGAAUGGACGGAAGAAAAAUUGCAAACUUGCUUCAAGAAGGAUAUAAGAUGCCUAAACCACCACACGUCGACGAAGAAUUGUACCAGGUCAUGAUGAAAUGCUGGAAAAAUGACCCGGACGCAAGACCAACAUUCAUUGAAUUGACAAUGCAGCUUAAGGACAUGGAAGCCACGCACAAGGUAAUAAUUACAAUCAAGACGAAAGUUUCUUUUACGUAUGAGAAGAUGAUUGCAAAACACACAAAGACGCACAAAGAAUAG